GACGUUUCGUUGUUUCCGAGCCGAGGCACAGAUUUUGACGGCGAGCGGUAACUGACGAUCUACGGCGGCGACGCAGGUUCCACGACGGCUAUGGCGGAUGAUGGUUCCAGUCCGGGAGGUAACAUCGGACAACAUUGCGCGGCCGGAUCCGGUCUUCACGCAGCUAUCGAGGACGACGGUCAUCUAUCUUGAAGGAGAUGGGAACGCAUCCUCUGCCUGCGCAGAGUUGAUUGGAGAACAUCUGGGGAUUUGGGUGUGCGGAAGAAGACCUCACCUACGCAGUCAACAGGAGUCUGGGAUGAAGGGGAACCCUGAAGCACCAGGAUGGACAACAGGCUCCACCACUGCGGUGAAGGGCGCUGCUGCAGUCGAUGGGCAUGGCGUUCGCCUUGUUCAUUCGUCAAUGCAGAGAUGAACGGAACUGCGAUGAAGGUGCAGCAUUGGAGUUGGGGAAUGACAGCUCGCCAGGGAAGCGUGGAGGAUUAACAAGGAAGGUGAACCCAGAAGUUCCGGGAUGAAA